AUGGCUCAAAACUCAUAUAUAUCGUUAACUGCUAACAUAAUCAAUAAUCAAUGGUCACCAAAGUCAUUUACUUUGGCCACACAAGAAAUGUCAGAACGUCAUACAGCAGUAAAUCUAGCUGAAAAUUGGGAAAUUAAUGGUAAAGUCACUACUGUAAUUACAGAUAACGCAGAAAACAUAGUAAAUGCUGUAAAAUUACUAAAUAUUACAAUAGACAAUGAAAAUAUGGAUGUGACAUGUGCAGCUCACAAUUUAAAAUUACCAUUAAUGUUGCACUAA